AUGGUAAGCGCUGAAUCGGUUCGUGUUAUUGCAAGAAUACGUCCAUCGGCAUGCGAUAGCGAGCGGAUAACAUACGUACUUGAUGGUAAAACGUUAUGUUUCAAUUCAAGUGAGCAGAGGACGUACGCAUUUGAGGGGGUUUUCGAUGAGACGAUUCCGCAGGAGCAAGUAUAUCGAGAAGUUGCCAACCAUAUCGUAGACGGAUGUGUAAACGGAUUCAAUGGAACCAUUUUCGCAUAUGGCCAAACCGGCUCAGGAAAAACUUAUACAAUGUUCGGACCUCCCCAAGUCGACAAUUUUAUUGUAAAUGCUGAACAUCGCGGACUUAUCCCGCGAGCCUGUGACGCGCUCUUCACAAAGUUAUGCACCAUGACAGCUGAGAAAGGAGAGAACUUUAAAUACGAGGUGGUAUGCCGUUUCGUUGAGCUGUACAAUGAGGAAUUCUACGAUCUUCUUGGCGAUUCCGCAGCAAAAGCUCACAUAUUCGUAGCGAUUCAAAUGUAA